AUGUCCUCUCUCUCUUAUACUUUCAUAUCUUUUCUACCUUUUUUUGCUUCAUGCUUACACACACUUAAACUCCUCUUUCUACUCCUCAUUCCUGUGUUCUCUCUCUUAUCCUUUCAUAUCUUUUCUGCCUUUUCUUCAUGCUUACAACCACUUAACACUCUCCUCUUUCUACCCCCUCAUUCCUGUGUUCUCUCUCUUAUCCUUUCAUAUCUUUUCUGCCUUUUUCUUCAUGCUUACAACCACUUAACACUCUCCUCUCUCUACUUCUCAUUCCUAUCUCCUCUCUCUCUCUUAUACUUUCAUAUCUUUUGUACCUUUUUGCUUCAUGCUUACACACACUUAAACUCUCCUCUUUCUACUCCUCAUUCCUGUGUUCUCUCUCUUAUCCUUUCAUAUCUUUUCUGCCUUUUUCUUCAUGCUUACAACCACUUAACACUCUCCUCUUUCUACUCCUCAUUCCUGUGUUCUCUCUCUUAUCCUUUCAUAUCUUUUCUGUCUUUUUCUUCAUGCUUACAACCACUUAACACUCUCCUCUCUCUACUUCUCAUUCCUAUGUCCUCUCUCUCUUAUACUUUCAUAUCUUUUCUACCUUUUGCUUCAUGCUUACACACACUUAAACUCUCCUCUUUCUACUUCUCAUUCCUGUGUUCUCUCUCUUAUCCUUUCAUAUCUUUUCUGCCUUUUUUCUUCAUGCUUACAACCACUUAA